GUUCCUCAGAGGAAGGCAAGUGCAUAUAAUUCCAACGAUGUUACCAGCGACCAUGACCUUGCGGUACAAUUACAACUAGCGUUAGACGAAGAGAGUGGAGAGACAUCUUUUCAAGAGGUCAGACCUAUUCAACAAGUACAAGCGAAGAUGUCACCAAUGAUGAAAACAUUGCAAGGCGACUGA